UGACAACAACCUGACAGGCACAGCAAAAUGGCAGCGUUUUUACAGUGGAGGAAAUUUGUAUUUUUUGAUAAAGAGACAGUCAAAGACCCGGCGGAAAAUGGGAAGAACUUCGUGCUUCCCACUGGAAUAUCCGCCUGUGACUCGGGCCGGGGACAUAUUGUUCUGGCUGAUAUGGAUGGGAUGAUCUGGCUCCUGUCUCGCUCUCUGCAGUUGACUUGUUUUCAGGCAUACAAACUGCGGGUGACUCAUGUGUACCAGCUGAAACAGCACAGCAUCCUCGUGUCAGUGGGGCAGGACGAACAUGGAAUAAACCCUCUCGUAAAAGUGUGGAACUUGGACAAGAGAGACAGCGGAAAUCCACUUUGUACAAGAAUCUUUCCUGCAAUACCAGGAAAUAAACCCACAGAAGUGUCAUGUCUCAGUGUGCAUGAGAACCUCAACUUCAUGGCGAUAGGUUUCACAGACGGCAGUGUGGUUCUGACUAAAGGCGACAUCACCAGAGACCGACACAGUAAAACUCUGACCCUUCACGAGGGGCACAGUCCAGUCACAGGCCUGGCCUUCAGACAGGUCGCCAAAGUCACUCACCUGUUUGUGGUCACUCUGGAGAAGGUCUAUUGCUACACAUUGUCCAUUAAGGAAUACCCUAAACUAGAACUGGACACUCACGGAUGUGGCCUUCGGUGCUCGGCUCUGGCAGACCCCUCCCAGGAUUCACAGUUUAUUGUUGCCGGGGACGACUGUGUGUACUUGUACCAACCAGAUGAACGGGGACCCUGCUUUGCCUUUGAUGGACACAAGCUGUUGGCCCAUUGGCAUAGAGGAUACUUAUUCCUUCUUAUCAGAGAUGCCAAAUCCCCAAACAAGUCGGGAUUUGGGAGCAGAGAAAACUCGCCUUCAGAAAAACAGCUCCUGACCAUAUAUGACCUGGACAAUAAGUUUAUCGCCUACAGCGCCUCUUUUGACGAUGUCGUUGAUGUCGUCGCAGAGUGGGGGUCUUUCUACAUUCUGACGAGAGAUGGAAAGAUGUUUGUGCUCCAAGAAAAGGACACGCAAACAAAACUAGAGAUGCUGUUUAAGAAAAAUCUGUUUGUAAUGGCUAUAAACCUUGCAAAAAGCCAGCACCUGGACAGCGACGGUUUGUCUGAGAUCUUUAGACAGUACGGAGAUCAUCUUUACAUCAAGGGGGAUCACGAUGGGGCUAUUCAGCAGUACAUUCGAACCAUUGGGAAACUGGAGCCGUCUUAUGUCAUCAGAAAGUUCCUGGAUGCUCAGAGAAUACAUAAUCUGACUGCGUAUCUACAGGCGUUACACAGACAAUCUCUGGCCAAUGCGGAUCACACCACUCUGCUGCUUAACUGUUACACAAAACUUAAAGACAGCUCCAAACUAGAGGAGUUCAUCAAGACGAGUGAAGGCGAGGUGCACUUUGACGUGGAGAUCGCCAUCAAGGUUCUGCGCCAAGCCAGUUACCACAGCCACGCAGUUUUUCUGGCUGAAAAACAUGAUCACCAUGAAUGGUACCUGAAAAUCCAGCUAGAAGACCUGAAGAACUACCAGGAGGGUCUGCGUUACAUCGGGCGUCUGCCGUUUGACCAAGCUGAGAGCAACAUGAAGCGUUAUGGAAAGACCCUGAUGCACCAUGUCCCUGAAGGCACCACGCAGCUUCUGAAAGGCUUAUGCACAAACUACCAGCCCAGUGGAGACGCUAUAGACACAACCAGUCUGGACAGAGGUCGGGUAAACAAGGCUAAUUCUGAAGAGUUCAUUCCGAUUUUUGCCAAUAACCCCCGUGAGUUAAAAGCCUUCCUGGAACACAUGAUCGAGGUGGAGCCACGAUCGUCCCAAGGAGUUUAUGACACUUUACUGGAGCUCCGCCUUCAAGACUGGGCCCAUGAACGUGACCCUGAGAGAAAGAAAGUCCUGCAGGGGGAGGCGUUGUCACUGUUGAGGAGCGAUCACACAGUGUUUGACAAGGCCUUAGUUCUCUGUCAAAUGCACAACUUUAAGGAAGGCGUUCUAUAUCUGUAUGAGAAGGGCAAACUGUACCAGCAAAUCAUGCACUACCACAUGCAGAAUGAGGAGUAUGGGAAGGUGGUGGAGGCAUGUAAACGCUAUGGCGACCAGGACAGUUGCCUGUGGGAGCAGGCCCUCGGAUACUUUGCCCGAAAAGAGGAAGACUGCAAGGCUUACAUCAGUGAAGUGCUUCAGCACAUCGAUCAGAACAACCUGAUGCCUCCAUUACUGGUGGUACAGACAUUGGCACACAACUCUACUGCCACACUAUCAGUCAUUAAGGAUUACCUCAUCACCAAACUCCAGAGGGAAAGCCAACAGAUCGAGACUGAUGAGCGAAAAAUACGCCAAUAUCGAGAAGAAACUGCUCAUCUUCGGUCAGAAAUAGAAGAACUUAAAACAAGUGCCAAGAUUUUUCAGAAGACCAAGUGCAACAUGUGUAACAGCCCCCUGGAGCUGCCAUCAGUUCACUUCCUGUGUGGCCACUCUUUUCAUCAGCACUGCUUUGAGAGUUACGCAGAGAGUGAGGCCGAGUGUCCCACCUGUACUCCAGAGAACCGCAAAGUCAUGGAUAUGCUGCGUGCACAGGACCAGAAACGAGACCUACAUGAUCAUUUUAAUAAUCAGCUGCGUGCCUCUAAUGAUGGAUUCUCUGUUGUGGCCGAUUACUUUAGUCGUGGCGUGUUUAAUAAGAUCACACUGGUCACAGACCCUCCAGGCAGUAAAGGAGUGAGCAGCCUUGAAGCCAACCUCCAAAGAGAUCUGCUCAUCCACACCAAGAGGAAUAACUAGAAAGCUGCUCUCAUCUGACUGCAUCUGUAAUAUCUUUAUGAGCAUCUUUAUUAUUAUUAUGAGCAUCAUACUGACCUGAGCUGCCUGAGUGUCCCAGUUAAUCAGUCGCUUAUGUGACUGAUGAUUGACUUUCAUUUUAUACAAAAAAGUGUGAACUGUAUAAAUGUGCACAAAUGCAUCUUGUUCUUGAACACAGUCUUUGACUUCUACAUUGCACAGUCUUGA